AUUUAUUUUCUUUUCUAAAAACUUUUCUUUAGAUGCCUGGACCAGCUGCUAAUUUAGGAUUAGACUUAACAUUAUAUCAGUACCAGACAUGUCCAUUUUGCUGCAAAGUUCGAGCUUUUCUUGAUUUUUAUGGAAUCCCUUAUAAUGUUAUUGAAGUUAAUCCUGUUAUGCGUCAACAGCUAAAGUUUUCUAAAUAUAAAAAAGUGCCUAUUCUUAUAGCUCAAGAGAAAGGUUCAGAAGUUAAGCAUCAAUUAAAUGACUCAUCUGUCAUAGUUAGCAUAUUGGGGACAUUACUGCUUGAUAUAAAUUCUGGCCUCAGCAAAGUUUUACCAUAUUAUGCUCCAUUAGUUUAUAAAGAUGAUGAUGGUAAAGAAAUAACAGAUGUAUUGAAUAAAUAUUCUCUCAUGUAUGGUGAUAAGACUCCAAAAGAUAAAUCUGAUGACUAUUUUAAGAAAGAAAAAGAAUGGAGAAAAUGGGCAGAUGAUGAAUUUGUACAUAUUUUAUCUCCGAAUAUUUAUCGCACUUAUGAUGAGGCUUUGCAAGCAUUUAAUUAUUUUUCAGAAGUUGGAGAGUGGGAGAAAAAUUUUUCUACUUUAGAAAGGCUUGUGGUUAUCUACGUUGGAGCAACUGCAAUGUAUUUUAUUGGAAAAAGACUUAAAAAGAAAUAUGCAUUAAAAGAUGAUGUUCGACAAUCUCUGUAUGACGCUUGCAAAGCGUGGUUAAAAGGAAUUGGACAAAAGAAAAAGUUUCAAGGUGGAGACAUGCCAAACCUUGCUGAUCUGGCUGUGUAUGGUUUACUUAGUUCUAUAGAAGGUUGUACAGCAUUUCAAGAUCUUCUGGAUAAUACGAAGAUUGGUCCUUGGUACUACAAUGUAAAAGAAGCUGUUUCUAGUCAUUCUGGAUAUCAGCUAUUGCGAUAGUAUCUUCAAUUCAACUUAGAGUAAUUUUUUCACAUUAAUGAAACCACUUCAUAGCAGAUUAGGAUUUCAAAUAUUUAGAUCUGCAGAUAUUUAUUUAUUAAUUUAUUUACUACUGUUUGAUCAUUUUGUAGGAUUACAGGUCCUAUGAAAUUCUGAAUGUAAUUUGAAUUUAUCUUUUUUAACAUAAUGAAUAAAAAGAAGAAAAAAUGUUAAUUUUAAAUUAUUUAUUUCAUACAAUGUGAAAUUUAUAAUGUACAAAACUCAUUUUAUAUAUUGCUCAGUGAACAAGGUAUAAUGAGCAUGUCAGAAUUGCAUUAAAUUUAAGAGAUUUAUCGAUUUUGUAAGGUUUCUUCAUUUGAAUUACAUAUGUAGAGUUGAAAUUAGUGUAUGUGCCUUUUAUUAAUAUAAAAUAUAGAAAUGAAGUAAAACAAUAUAAAGUUAGAAAUUGACCAAAACUGUUGACUGUCCUCCAUUUAAUAAAUAAAAAUAAACUUUCAUUUAAGAUAUUGGC